CAAAUACAACACCCGACGGCUUCACUCAUAGCGAAGGCGUCGACCGCACAGAAUGACGAGACCGGCGAUGGAACCACUUCUACAGUGCUUCUCAUUGGAGAGCUCUUAACACAAGCGGAUCGCCAUAUCAGUGAAGGAUUACAUCCACGAAUAGUCGCCGAUGGAUAUGAUUUGUCCCGAAAGAAGGCGUUGGAAGUGUUAAACGCUAUGAAAGUGGAGAAUAAGGGCAUCGAUCGCAAUACUUUGAUUAAUGUGGCGAAGACUUCGUUGCAAACAAAAGUGAACAACAAAUUGGCCAAUCAUUUGACUGAGAUCUGUGUGGACGCCGUUCUCGCCAUCAGACAAGAGGGCAAACCUAUUGAUCUGUUUAUGGUUGAGAUCCAAGAGAUGCAGCACAAGUCGAUUGAGGAUACGAGUCUAGUGAAGGGUCUGGUCUUAGAUCACGGGGCGAGACAUCCAGAUAUGAAGAGACACGUGAAAAAUGCUUUCAUUCUGUCGUGUAAUGUGUCUCUUGAAUACGAAAAGACGUGA